GCGCAGCGCGGAGUCCCGGCCCGGGACACAAGAUGGCGGCAGCGGCGCUGGGGAGGGCGAGGCGGAGGCGGCAAAACGGGCGGUCGAGCAGAACGUGUAGCCGCGUCCCCUCCAGUCCGCUCCAGGCAGCUGCUGAUGCAAGGAAUCCCCUGGGCUCCCGUCCACUCCACUGCUGACCAGCCCAUUCGCCUGUGCUGAGUCUUCCUGCAGGCCUUUCCUUGCCUCUGUGGGACCCUGUGGGGGUCCAUCCGGCUGGAGAAGAAAAGCCUCUCAUGCUAACGUUGCAGACCCCAGAGGGUGAGAGAAAGGGGGACUUCAUUCAGUCUUGAAACCUGUGUGCUCAGCCCCCAAGGCAUCAGGAAUUCUUCCUGCCCAGAGAAUCAAGGCAGCUUCAUUUUUUUCGUACCUUGGAAGACGUCUAUGAUGGAGUGUACAAUAAAAUCACUGUCCCAAUGAUUCGUAUGAUGUCGUCAACAACCAAUCAGAGCUUCUGAUCAGCAUGAGAUAAUCAGUGUGACCACAAUGAGUUGAUAAAAUUUCAGCAUGAAAAGAUAACUGAUGUUUAAGCCUGCCUUUGUGGUCUUGUUGUGGGCAAAAGUUUGAUUUCUUUUGGGUGGUGUGACCUACUGAAAACAACUUUAGCAUCACCAGUUCUAUCUCAGUUAGCUCCCAGUUGUCUGACAGCCCCAGGCCAGAAGCACUUUGGCUCCUGAGGCUGUUGCUGGGUGUGCUUUGGGUGGGGGAGUAGGGAAUACAGAUCUGAAGGAACUGGCCUCCUUGCUGGUACUUACAGUAAAUAUUCACCUGGGGAUUAUGAAGGAGUCAAUUAGAUAGUCCUUCUCGAUUGCAUUGGUUAUUUUAGCAAUAGCUGCUUCCUGCCAUGUAGUGUAAAAUAAGGUGACCAAUUAGAUUCCAUGCCCUUCCCUAGUGUGCUUUGUUCCUUUUAGAUUUUACUGGAUGAGAGCAGUAAAAUCCCAUCUCCUUCUGGGAGUUGUUACUAUUCCUUCUUGUAGGAAUCGCUUCUCAAGGGCAGACCCUGUUCUGUCUUUUUUGCUGCUCUUGGUGCUUUGUAAAUAUUUGCAGAAUCAAUAGUGCUCCUGUUGGGUCCAGGUCCUAGGCCUGAGCACAGGAGAGAGCUGAAUUGGACGCAGUUCCUAUUCCUGGAAGUUCUGACAGUUUAGUGGGGAGACAAACCCAGCUGAUAGAUGAGACCAUCUGAGUGCUACGACAGAGGUGUUCACGGCCCUGAGGAGGAGCUCUGACCACCUGGCCUGGGGAGGGGAGAAUCAAGGAAGGCUUCCUGGAGGAUGUGAACCCAGUAGCAAGCCAGGCAGAGAAGAGGGGGAGGGGCCUUUCAGGCAGAGGAAGCAGCAGGAGUGCACCCAUUGAACAGCUGGAAUUGCAGCUUAGAUCCCAGGGCUGCUGUGUGGCACCAUGCUGGCCCUCCAGGAUAGGACCUGAUUGGAUUUCUCCACAUCGGUGGGUGGUCACUGGGGCCCUGGGUGGAUUGUAAUUGGCGGGUGAGGGGGUGGAGCUGACACUUUUUGGUCCUCUGUGUGGCAGGUCCUGUGUGGGUGCGGAGAUGGCCAAUGAGAAUCACGGCAGCCCCCGGGAGGAAGCGUCCCUGCUGAGUCACUCCCCAGGUACCUCCAAUCAGAGCCAGCCCUGUUCUCCAAAGCCAAUCCGCCUGGUUCAGGACCUCCCAGAGGAGCUGGUGCAUGCAGGCUGGGAGAAGUGCUGGAGCCGGAGGGAGAAUCGUCCCUACUACUUCAACCGAUUCACCAACCAGUCCCUGUGGGAGAUGCCCGUGCUGGGGCAGCACGAUGUGAUUUCGGACCCUUUGGGGCUGAAUGCGACCCCACUGCCCCAAGACUCAAGCUUGGUGGAAACCCCCCCGGCUGAGAACAAGCCCAGAAAGCGGCAGCUCUCGGAAGAGCAGCCAAGCGGCAAUGGUGUGAAGAAACCCAAGAUUGAAAUCCCAGUGACACCCACAGGCCAGUCGGUGCCCAGCUCCCCCAGUAUCCCAGGAACCCCAACGCUGAAGAUGUGGGGUACGUCCCCUGAAGAUAAACAGCAGGCAGCUCUCCUACGACCCACUGAGGUCUACUGGGACCUGGACAUCCAGACCAAUGCUGUCAUCAAGCACCGGGGGCCUUCAGAGGUGCUGCCCCCGCACCCCGAAGUGGAACUGCUCCGCUCUCAGCUCAUCCUGAAGCUUCGGCAGCACUAUCGGGAGCUGUGCCAGCAGCGAGAGGGCAUUGAGCCUCCACGGGAGUCUUUCAACCGCUGGAUGCUGGAGCGCAAGGUGGUAGACAAAGGAUCUGACCCCCUGUUGCCCAGCAACUGUGAACCAGUCGUGUCACCUUCCAUGUUUCGUGAAAUCAUGAACGACAUUCCUAUCAGGUUAUCCCGAAUCAAGUUCCGGGAGGAAGCCAAGCGCCUGCUCUUUAAAUAUGCGGAGGCCGCCAGGCGGCUCAUCGAGUCCAGGAGUGCAUCCCCUGACAGUAGGAAGGUGGUCAAAUGGAAUGUGGAAGACACCUUUAGCUGGCUUCGGAAGGACCACUCAGCCUCCAAGGAGGACUACAUGGAUCGCCUGGAGCAUCUGCGGAGGCAGUGUGGCCCCCACGUCUCGGCCGCAGCCAAGGACUCCGUGGAAGGCAUCUGCAGUAAGAUCUACCACAUCUCCCUGGAGUACGUCAAACGGAUCCGAGAGAAGCACCUUGCCAUCCUCAAGGAAAACAACAUCUCAGAGGAGGUGGAGGCCCCUGAGGUGGAGCCCCGCCUAGUGUACUGCUACCCAGUCCGGCUGGCUGUGUCUGCACCGCCCAUGCCCAGCGUGGAGAUGCACAUGGAGAACAACGUGGUCUGCAUCCGGUAUAAGGGAGAGAUGGUCAAGGUCAGCCGCAACUACUUCAGCAAGCUGUGGCUCCUUUACCGCUACAGCUGCAUUGAUGACUCUGCCUUUGAGAGGUUCCUGCCCCGGGUCUGGUGUCUUCUCCGACGGUACCAGAUGAUGUUCGGCGUGGGCCUCUACGAGGGGACUGGCCUGCAGGGAUCGCUGCCUGUGCAUGUCUUUGAGGCCCUCCACCGACUCUUUGGCGUCAGCUUCGAGUGCUUCGCCUCACCCCUCAACUGCUACUUCCGCCAGUACUGUUCUGCCUUCCCCGACACAGACGGCUACUUUGGCUCCCGCGGGCCCUGCCUAGACUUUGCUCCACUGAGUGGUUCAUUUGAGGCCAACCCUCCCUUCUGCGAGGAGCUCAUGGAUGCCAUGGUCUCUCACUUUGAGAGACUGCUUGAGAGCUCACCGGAGCCCCUGUCCUUCAUCGUGUUCAUCCCUGAGUGGCGGGAACCCCCAACACCAGCGCUCACCCGCAUGGAGCAGAGCCGCUUCAAACGCCACCAGUUGAUCCUGCCUGCCUUUGAGCAUGAGUACCGCAGUGGCUCCCAGCACAUCUGCAAGAAGGAGGAAAUGCACUACAAGGCCGUCCACAACACGGCUGUGCUCUUCCUACAGAACGACCCUGGCUUUGCCAAGUGGGCGCCGACGCCUGAACGGCUGCAGGAGCUGAGUGCUGCCUACCGGCAGUCAGGCCGCAGCCACAGCUCUGGUUCUUCCUCAUCGUCCUCCUCGGAGGCCAAGGACCGGGACUCGGGCCGUGAGCAGGGUCCUAGCCGCGAGCCUCACCCCACUUAACAUAUCCUGCGGGGAGGAGGAGCCCCAGGGGUGCUAGUCUGGACUGCUGGGACUCGGGCCCCUGGGGCCUCAGAGGGACCCCGGCUGCCACUGACAUAGGAAGAUUAUGGUUCUGCCAGGGCUCCCCUCCCUGCCUGUCCCCAAGUCCUCACCUCAAACUCCCUCCAAGUCCCAUGUAUAUAGGUCCUGAUGCCUUCCCAACCCCGCCCCUCACCCUGUUGCCACCUUGUUUCAUUUGUAAAAGGAAAUACAGAAACCCCCCCAA